AUGUUAUCAUCAUCAAAACCCAUUGUUAAUACGAUAGUCAUACAUCAGAAUGAUAAUCGGCAGUCAACAGCCGCCUUACUACCACAAUCAUCAUCACCAUCAGGACAACACCAUCAUCCUUAUAAUUAUUGGACAAUUAAUGAUCGUUUAAAAUCUAAAAAUGAUUAUUUAUUAAAACGUCAAAAAUGUUCAUGUCGACUCGCAUUCUAUUCAUUAUGGUUAUUAAUAAGUGCAUGUGUUCUAUUUAUAAUUGCCUAUCGUUUUACGGAUGAAUGUAGUGAAUUAGUAAAACACUUUAAAUGUAAACGAUUCGGACUAUUUCUAUUAUCGAUUUCUAUAGCAUCUUUAGCUUGUUGUGGUGUAUUUUGUGGAGUAUGUCAGUAUUUUCGAUCACAACCACAACCACUUACACCCGAAUUAUAUUAUGACAAAGUGAAUAAUACAUUGACAGAAGAGACUAAUCUACAUGAUACUCGGCAUUGUUGUUGUGUCCAUCAACAACAUCAACCAUUAGUUCUACAACAACAUCAAGAAGAUGAAAAAACCACUCAAACAACUGUACAAAAUAUCUCUUCAAUUUCAUCUAUUACAUCAUCAUCGAUAAUUCAUGAACAACAACAACAAAAAAAACAACAAUCGCCUAAAAUUGAUCAAGGUAUAUCUUCAACAUUAUCUUCUUCUCCGUUACUGUAUCAUCAAAUUCAACCAACAUCAAACAAGAAAGUACCUCCAUUCACAUAUGAAGAGAUUUCACCACAAAUAAAAAAAUCCGUCGAUAAAUCUGUUUCUUCAACAUCAUCUAUGAAAGAUAAAUUACCGUCAUAUCAUCAUACAAUUUUAUUGUCUUCUUCCUCGUCUUCAUCGUCCCCUCAUUCGAUAUGUGUAGGCAUCAAUAAAAUUCUAAUGAAUGAUAUUGCUGACGAUGAACAAUGUAGUUAUAUUCAAGCUCAAACGCCAAGUUCUUAUACAACUUGUCUAUGUUCACCAACUCUAAUACAUCAUGCAACACAAACAAGUCAGUUAGAAGUACCCAUGCACGAGAUGACAGAAAAAACUGAUAGUCGAGAUGAUACCCAAACAAAAAAACUUGAUAUAUGGGAAAAAAAUGAGGAUAAAAGUAAGUCCUUUUUCAAUGGUUCGACUUAA